AUGUCCAAAAUGAACGAGAAGAGCCCCGUCCUAGAGAGCCAAGGGGAUGCGCCGGACUUAAGACAGAAAAAGCGCCCCUGCAAUUUAAUUUGGCUGUUUAUUUGUGUCAUUGUAUCCAUCGCUUGGUUCACACGAUCCCACUCUUCCUGUCCUCCCCUAAGCAUCGAGAAAAGGGCGGAGAAGAUCCUAUCACAGACUCCGUUGAUCGACGGUCAUGAUGAUCUACCCAUCUUGGUCCGGGAACUAUUUCACAACCGCGUAAAUGACCACAACUUCACUGAGGCUUUUGUUAAGGGGAAAUUCCCCGGCCACGUUGAUAUCCCUCGAUUGAAACAAGGUAGGGUUGGUGGUACCUUUUGGAGUGUCUUCGUGGCCUGUCCCGAAAAUGGGACCGAUUUCUCGGACGAGAAUUAUGCAGCAAGCGUGCGCGAGACGAUGGAGCAGGUGGAUAUCAUGUCGAGGAUUCAGCAAGCCUACCCCAAGGUCUUCUCGACCCCGCCCAAUGGUACCACUGCCAUGUCCGCUUUCCGCGAGGGAAAGAUCAUCUCGCCGCUUGGUAUUGAGGGAUUGCAUUCCAUCGGCAACUCACUGGCCCACCUCCGGAUUUUCUAUGAGCUGGGGGUUUCGUACGCCACUCUGACGCAUAAUUGCCAUAAUCGGUAUGCCGACGCCGCUAUUCUCGAACUUCCAGGCGGUGGAAUAAAGAAGUCCGAUCCUCUCUGGCAUGGUGUCAGUGAAGAAGGUCAGAAGCUGGUAUUUGAGAUGAACCGCCUUGGGAUGAUCGUCGAUUUAGCCCAUGUCAGCACGGAGACCAUGCGUGAUGUGCUGGGUGCCGGAAAAUCCGAAUGGACAGGGAGCCGUGCUCCUGUGAUUUACAGCCACAGCUCAGCCUAUGCACUUUGUCCCCACCCGCGCAACGUACCAGAUGACAUCUUGGAGCUGGUCCGUGAGAAGGACUCCCUGGUUAUGGUCAAUUUCUCACCAGACUUUAUUUCCUGCAAGGCUUCUGACCGCGAUGAUGGGAUCCCAGACGCGGACCCCGUUCACGCCACUCUGGAACGUGUCACUGAUCAUAUCCUGUACAUUGGUAAUCUUGUAGGCUUCGAGCAUGUCGGAAUAGGUAGUGAUUUUGAUGGUAUUCCGACGGUUCCUCGAGGAUUGGAGGAUGUGUCCAAGUUCCCGAAUCUGGUAAAGGAGCUGCUGAAACGAGGGGUCAGCGAUAUAGAUGUAAGUAAAGUGGUAGGAGGCAAUCUAUUGAGGGUGUGGAAGAAGGUGGAUGAGGUGGCUCUCGAGAUGCAAGCCGAGGGUGCACUGCCUGUGGAGGACUAA